CAAAGACAUUGACAAAGAGUUUGCACAUCGUGGUCGUUGUAGAGGUAACGUUGUGAUGUGAGAAGGUGGAUGACAAGGUCACAAUGAGCAGCAGGUUUUAUUUUGGCGGUUCAGACUCUGGCUCUGAUGUCGACGACGAUGCGCCUUUACCCUUUCCAAAGCCACUAGAUCGCUCAGCCUUUCUUGCGCCAGAUUUUGAUGCGACCGUAUUCUUGUCAAGCCUGUCAAACCGCUUCCAGACCCUAGAAGAUCUACAGACAGAGUUACGUGAACUCAGCCAGACACUGAACAAGGAACUGGUGGAUUUGGUCAACGACAAUUACCAGGACUUUCUUUCCCUAGGGUCUACGUUGUCAGGCGGUGAAGAGAGAAUCGAGGACAUUCGCUUGGGUCUGCUCGGGUUUCAACGAGAGGUCAACUCAAUACGAGGCACGGUUGCUACGAGGAGAAAUGAGGUGGCCGAGUUGCUGAAGCGAAAGAAAGCCUUGAAGCAGGAGACUAGCAUUGCAAGAUCGCUGUUGGAGGUUGCGGAACGGUUGGAUCAGCUGGAAGUGAAGCUCAACAUUUCGAAGGGCAGGGCUCCAGAUUCCACAGACGACACCAAACCAAAGGAUGGAGAUGUUGAAUGGAGCGAAGAUUGGGUGGAAAACACGAAUUAUGACAGCGACGACGAGUACGACUCUGAUGAAAACAGCGGUAUACCACCACGGCUGAGGCGGAGGACUGAGGAGUUCCUCAUGUUGAAGCAUCUUAUGAGCAGGCACAGCGCCCAUCAUCCCUUCAUAUUGGCACAGGAUUCGCGAAUACGGAACAUUCAGGAGAUUUUGCUGGCAGACCUUGAAGUUGCUAUCAAGCAAGAGCCACAGGUCAAGAUCAAACAACAAAUGCUGCAGAUUCGGGCAGCUGUAGAAGGAUGAUAGAGAACCUAUCCACAACACAAUGAUACCCUAUGAAGUCGAUGUGGUCAUUCCCCUUCAGCUGUCCAAUGUGCCU